CCAGAGUGUUUGAAGUUGGACUCUCGGGCUUGCUACGCUUCGCCAUGGCCUUUGUGGUCGUGGGCAUGGAGGCGGCUCUCCGAGUCACCGUCUUCCUCAUUCCCUCGUUUGUCAUCCGGGCUGCAUCGAGCCUUCGCAAGCAGGCUCUGCGGGCGCUCCCGCCGUCGCUGCGGUCGUUGCGGGGCGUGGCCGAACCGGCCGAUCCGUGCAUGGUGACGGCGACAUACUCGGCGUCGACGAGCGAGCUGGCGCGGUUCUACGGAUACGGGUGCGAGGAGCAUGCGGCGGUGACGUCAGAUGGCUUUGUCCUCAUUCUGCAUCGGAUCACCCCGCGCCACGGCCCGCGCCACGGCGCGCCGCCUGUCCUUGUUCAGCACGGCCUACUGCAGUGCUCCGAGACGUGGGUGACGACCAACGACGCCUUGGCCUUUGCGCUUGUGGACGCCGGCUUUGACGUCUGGCUCGCCAACAACCGCGGCAACCGGUACUCGUGCAAGCACACCCGGCUGCGGCCGGACGAUCGGCGGUACUGGGACUUUUCGCUCGACCAGCACGCGCUCAUCGACCUGCCGACCAACGUCGAUGCUGUUCUUGAGUCUCGGGCACCCAGCGGCUGGCGUACGUCGGCUUCUCGCAGGGCUCGGCCAUGGGCUUUGCCGGCUUUUCGCUCUCGCCGGAGCUCUCGGCCAAGAUCAAUGUGUUUGUGGCGCUUGCGCCUGCCGCCCGCGCUGUCGGCCUCCAAUCAGGCCUGCUCAAGACUUUUGUCGACUGCGCACCCGACUCGCUCUAUUUGCUAUUUGGCAACACGCGCAUUGUGCCGUCGGCCAUCUGGUGGCGCAACAACCUCUCGCCGGGCCUCUUUGUCACCACCAUUGACCUCUGCGUCCGCUAUCUGUUUGGCUGGCGGACGGCGUCCAUGUCGCGCCUUCGCAAGAAGCUCUGCUACCCGCAUCUCUAUUCGCCGUCGUCGGUCAAGACCGUCGUCCACUGGUUCCAGAUUGUCAUCUCCAACCGGUUCCAGAUGUACGACGACUCCUUUACGACAAACUCUGCAUACACCGGUGCCGUCCCGGUCGAGUAUCCCAUCUCGCAGCUCUCCAUGCCACUCGCGCUCUUCUACGGUGGCGAAGACAAGCUGCCUGACUUUGAGUGGCUGCUCUCGGUUGUGCCGGCGUCAGCCACCGUCGCCCGCAUUCCACACUACGAGCACGUCGACCUGAUGUGGGCCGACGACGCAUCGGACCUGGUCUUCAAUCCGGUCAUCGACAUCCUCGCUGCUCACGCUGACGCGGUCCCGGUCCCGGUCCCUGCGCCACGCAUUCCUGACUCGCGCCGUGUUGCGUGAAGAUGAUGAUGGUUUAUUGUCCAAGGUCAAGUUACAGGUGCUGGGCCUUGGUCAGCGCUUCGAACACUGCCAGCCGCGGACGCCACCACGACGCGCCGCUCCAGGCCGAGCCCGGCGUCCGCCGGGUCAUGUGCCGCAUUGGGCAUCCACCGCUUUGCAGAUCGCCAUGCGGGCAGAUGCCAAUGGCCGCAAAGCUGAGGCAAAUCUCAACGCUUGCGGAUGCCGAAGCUCGUGGCGCGGUCGCCUGCGGCCGCUUGGAGCAGCAUGCCGCCGGCGCCAUGGCGGGCGCAGUCGCGGACUUGGCCGCAGGCUUGGCCGCGGGCGCAGUUGCCGCCGCGUUCGCCAUCGCGGUCGCCUGCUCGGUCGGCGCCACGGACGUCACCGAGGCCGCCGAGGCAGACGAGGCCUCGGACGCUUCCGACGACGUGUCCGACUCGUCGGCGAUCGGUCGACGGUCAGCAAGUGACAGGCGGUGCAAGCCGGCAGAAGGAUAGGCGUGCCGCGCCGCAGAAGCCUUGCCCGACGAGCUCUUGGUCGACGAGCGCCGGUCGGUUGCGGGCCGGGCCGGCCCCCGCCUUGCUUGCCGCGGGCGGGCCGGUCGAGCCGGCCGCGGAAGCGCCAGCGGAGACGG